ACGCCCACAUAAAAAUUAAUGACCACAUGGACAUUGUGAAGUACAUGUCCUAUGGAUUGCUUAUUGGUGUACCUGUGGCUGUGACUUUCUGUGAGAAGAUUGGAUGUCCUGCUGCAGUUUCUGGGCCUUCUAUGAGGCCCACCUUGAAUCCUGUAAUUUCUACCCGUAAAUCCUAUCGUGACGAUAUUGUCUGGGUGAGCAAACUACAUUGGAACAGGAAUGGAGCAAGACCAGGAGAUGUGAUUGCUUUUAUAUCCCCUAUCAAUUCAUUGGACAGAAUGGUGAAACGAAUUAUUGCUGUGGAGAGAGAAAUAGUAUUAAACCACAAGCGUCAACAGGUCCUAAUAUCUGAUGGUCAUUUAUGGGUCGAGGGUGAAAAUUCACAGAGGAGCAGCGACUGCAAUUCGUUUGGCCCGGUACGCAUUAUUUGCAAGGGGCUUGUUAUCGGAACUGUAACUCAUGUUAUUUGGCCACCUCACAGAAUGCAAAAAAUUGAACACAAUUUAUCGUCUAAACAAUGUAAUCGGAGACUGCAUAAUGAAUUUGAUGAUAAACCUUAUUUAUAACA